CUGACAGACCAAUGGCAUUUCUGCGUGGGUAAACGAUGUACGUCCCUUUUUGAGUGCACCGGCGUGGGGAAGCAGUGUGACUGCAGAAAGAAGUGUCGGGAAGAUUAACUACUGUGCAUACGCUGUCGCUGAUGGGUCUGCAUCUCACUGUUUUAUGUGCCAAAGCUCUCGGGUGCUGUCAGGUGAACCCUUCACAGUCACGUGCUAGCAGCCCUCUCAUCAUGGACUCUUCACUGACUGCAGCCCAGAUCCGGGAAAAGUUCAUCGACUUCUUCCGGCGCCACGAGCACCAGUAUGUCCACUCGUCCGCCACCAUCCCUCUGGACGACCCCACACUGUUGUUUGCCAACGCCGGCAUGAACCAGUUCAAGCCCAUAUUUCUUAACACCAUCGACCCGUCGCACCCCAUGGCCAGACUGCGCCGCGCUGCCAACACCCAGAAGUGCAUCCGUGCUGGAGGCAAGCACAACGAUCUUGACGACGUGGGGAAGGACGUGUACCACCACACCUUCUUCGAGAUGUUGGGCUCCUGGUCCUUUGGAGACUACUUUAAGCAACUGGCCUGUAAGAUGGCCAUGGAGCUGCUGACUCAGGAGUUGGGCAUCCCCAUCGAGCGCCUCUAUGUUACCUACUUCGGGGGCCACGCCGAGGCCGGCCUGGAGCCUGACCUGGAGUGCAAACAGAUCUGGCUGGACCUGGGAAUGGAGGAGUGCCGCAUCCUUCCUGGCAGCAUGAAGGACAACUUCUGGGAGAUGGGGGACACGGGCCCCUGUGGCCCCUGCAGUGAGAUCCACUACGACCGCAUCGGGGGCCGAGAUGCCGCCCACCUGGUCAACAUGGAUGACCCCAACGUGCUGGAGAUCUGGAACUUGGUUUUCAUCCAGUUCAACAGGGAGUCCGAGACAGAGUUGAAGCCUCUGCCCAAGAAGAGCAUUGACACUGGCAUGGGAUUGGAGCGUCUGGUGUCCGUGCUGCAGAAUAAGAUGUCUAACUACGACACGGACCUCUUCGUCCCCUACUUCCAGGCCAUCCAGAAGGGCACUGGUGCCAGGCCGUACACCGGCAAGGUUGGCGUUGAGGACACUGAUGGCAUUGACAUGGCCUACCGUGUGUUAGCUGACCACGCCCGCACCAUCACCAUUGCCCUAUCAGACGGAGGCAGACCUGACAACACUGGCAGAGGUUACGUGUUGAGGAGGAUUCUGAGGCGUGCGGUGAGAUACUCUCAUGAGAAGCUGGGUGCUCAGAGGGGCUUCUUUGCCUCCUUGGUGGACGUGGUGGUCGAAUCACUGGGAGAUGCUUUCCCAGAGCUGAAGAAGGACCCAGACAUGGUGAAGGACAUCAUUAAUGAGGAGGAGGUGCAGUUCCUCAAGACCCUCAGCAGAGGGCGCCGCAUCCUAGACCGCAAGAUCCAGAGCCUGGGAGAGAGCACCACCAUCCCAGGAGACACGGCCUGGCUGCUGUACGACACCUACGGCUUCCCCCUGGACCUCACAGCCCUGAUCGCAGAGGAGAGGGGCAUGGGGGUGGACAUCGAGGGCUUCGAGGAGGAGAAGAAGGCCGCUCAGAUUAAGUCCCAGGGCAAAGGCUCCGGAGACGCGGACCACCUCAUGCUGGACAUCUACGCCAUCGAGGAGCUCCGCAACAAGGGCAUCGCAGCCACGGACGACAGCCCCAAGUACCGCUACAACUCCGACGACAGCGGCAGCUACGACUUUGAGCAGGUUGUGAGCACUGUGCUGGCUCUGCGUCGUGAGCGGACGUUCGUGGACGAGGUGACCACAGGCCAGGAGUGUGGCGUGGUGCUCGACCAGACGUCUUUCUACGCCGAGCAGGGUGGGCAGACCUUUGACGAGGGAUACAUGCUGCGCGAGAACGACUCUGCUGAGGAUAAGAUGGAGUUUACAGUGAAGAACACACAGGUGCGGGGAGGCUUCGUGCUGCAUGUGGGGACUGUCUACGGCACACUGAAAGUCGGAGACCGCCUCGUUCUACACGUAGAUGAGGCACGUCGCAGGCCCAUCAUGAGUAACCACACCGCCACACACAUCCUGAACUUCGCCCUGCGGGGGGUCCUGGGCGAGGCGGACCAGCGCGGGUCCAUGGUGGCCCCCGACCGCCUGCGCUUCGACUUCACCGCCAAAGGAGCCCUCACCACCGGGGAAGUGCGCCGCACCGAGGAGAUCGCCUGCGCCCUGAUCCGAGACAACAAGCCUGUGUAUGCUAUGGAGGCCCCUCUGGCUGCUGCCAAGGCCAUCCAGGGCUUGCGCGCCGUGUUUGACGAGACCUACCCCGACCCUGUGCGAGUCGUGUCCAUCGGCAUCCCCGUCACUGACCUGCUCUCUGACCCUGACAGCCCAGCCGGUUCCCUCACCUCCAUUGAGUUCUGCGGUGGAACGCACCUGCAGAACUCUGGCCACGCAGGCCCCUUCAUCAUCGUGUCCGAAGAGGCCAUCGCCAAGGGCGUCCGCCGCAUCGUGGCAGUGACGGGGGCGGAGGCACAGAAGGCCCAGAGGAAAGCAGACGCUCUCAGGCAGAGUCUGGCUGCCAUGUCAGAGAAAGUUAAGGCUCAGACUGCCCCCAAUAAGGACGUGCAGAAGGAGAUCGCUGACAUGACUGAGUCUCUGGGCACUGCAGUCACUUCACAGUGGCAGAAAGAUGAGAUGAGGGACACCCUGAAGGGCUUGAAGAAGACCAUGGAUGACCUGGACCGCGCCAGCAAGGCCGACGUGCAGAAGAGGGUUCUAGAGAAGACAAAGGAGUUGAUUGAGAGCAGCCCUAACCAGCCUCUGCUUGUGAUGGAGAUCGAGAGUGGAGCCUCCGCCAAGGCUCUAAAUGAGUCCCUGAAACUGCUGAAGAGCAGCUCCCCGCAGACCGCCGCUAUGCUCUUCACUGUGGACCCCGAUGCCGGCAAGAUCAUCUGCCUGUGCCAAGUACCCAAGGAGGUGGCCAGUCAAGGCUUGAAGGCGAGUGAGUGGGUGCAGGAAGUGUGCCCCCUCAUGGACGGUAAGGGCGGCGGGAAGGACAUGUCUGCCCAGGCCACAGGCCGCAACGUCCACUGCAUGCAGGAGGCCCUGCAGCUGGCCAACGAGUUCGCCCGACUCAAACUGGGCGAAAACUAGAGAGGAUGGCGUGAAUAAGCAACACCGGGGUUGGGUACUGGUGAACAAAGAGAAGAGAGAGAGAGAGGAAGACGGAGAAAUACCUGUCCACCAUUACACAACCCCAGAAACCCCUUAAUGAACUGGAGUGCUCCAUCUCUGUUGAGUUGGGUGCUUCAGGCAGGACACUGUACAGACCCUUUCACUGAAGAGCGUGGUUAGGCAGGCCAGCAGCCAAGUCCCCCCCCCCCCCCCAAACCCCCCCUGCCCACUUCCUCCCCAGGCUGCUGCCGCCUCCACUAGCUGAACAGAUGUGUGCAUGUUAAGAUGACCUCAUCCACUACCCAUCAUCAUCACCACCACCACUGUCUAAGCAGCUCUCUCAUUGGCCCGUGUACGCACAUAGAAGGCUUUGCCAUAAUACAUCACACCCUCUGAUUGGCUGGUUUCUAAAACUUUGAUUGACAGGUGCAGAGUCACGCUGCAGAGUAACUGAUCUAUGAUCUCUCUCCGCCCACUUCUGUCGUAGCUGACAGAGGCCACUGUGAGCACCAGGCUAAUGAUGGAAACAUUGAUGAUGGAAACUCCUUGUAACGAGAUAGAAGCCUGUUCUCUAUUCCAUUAGACUCUUAGACAUUGUGUUUGUCGAGCUCUUCCUGUGUCUGUCUGUGGACUUGGAGGACGUAGAGGUCGUAAUGUGAGGGUCCCAGUAGACAUUAUAAUACUGAUUCAGUCAUCAAGCAGAGCAUAACCAUGCCACUAGUUGUAACAUAGUCUUCACAUCAACAUGAGCCAUUCCCUUUUUUUUCAUGUCAUUUCAUGUAAGAAAAAUUGAAUUAAUAAAUAAGGGAUUAUUGUACGUUAACAAAUUGUUAAUGUUCAUGGUUGUCCAGUGGAUAAGAACAUUUGCAGACUCUGAAUGUUUGCAGGAGUUUGACUUUCUGGAAUAAAACCACGGGUCAAGGUG